AGUCUCACGGAUACGUGGCAGGUCGCCUGAACUCUGACCCGGAAGCACUUUGAUCGGCUCUAAACAAGAAGAUGUUCCAUUAGCCGGUGUGUUGACGCUAACCGAAUCGGGAAGUUGCAAUAUUAUUCUGACAACUGGACUUGACAGAAAAUAUGCGUAGUAUCAGUUGUUUGCACUGGACCGUUACCGUUUCCGGGUUCCUUUUUCAUUAAUAUCGAAAGGCAUAUAAAUACUGACGCUAGUUAGCUUAGCUUUGACUGCGUUACCGAGGCCAGAGAGACACACUGACCAGUUAUAACGUGGAUGUUUGGCACCAGACCGGGCUGGUACCGAAAGUGGGUCGUGACGUGUAUUGAAUUAAACAGCAAAAAACUAAUGUUGUUGAACUUUACCGUAACGAGUAAAAGUCCGUGCUAAAAGCGGAGUGGAGUUUGGAUUUGAUGGUAUAGCUUAGCAGUACGUUAGCCGAAGAGAAAAGUGCAGUCAUGGACGAUUUUAGCUCGAUCAGCCUGCUGUCCCUUGCGAUGCUGGUGGGAUGUUAUGUGGCCGGGACGAUACCUUUAGCGGUUAACUUCUCAGAGGAGAAGCUGAAGCUGAUCACUGUGCUGGGAGCAGGGCUGCUCUGUGGGACUGCACUUGCCGUGAUCAUCCCUGAAGGGGUCCACGCACUUUACGAAGAAAUCCUUGAAGCAGGUGGGCACCACAGUCACGGCCAAUCUGCAGUUGCAGAAGCGUCGGAGGGAAAGGGUGAAGCAGAGGUAGCUCUUAGUGCUAGUGGGAAACAUGAGCACAAUCAAGAGCAGCUCCAUGCCUACAUUGGAGUGUCCCUGGUUCUAGGCUUUGUCUUUAUGCUACUGGUGGACCAGAUAGGCAGUUCUCAUGUUCACAACACUGAAGAUCCAGAGGCAGCAAGAGUUGCUUCCUCCAAAAUCACCACUACCCUGGGGCUUGUGGUCCAUGCUGCAGCUGAUGGUGUUGCAUUGGGUGCUGCUGCUUCAACCUCUCAGACCAGCGUUCAGCUCAUUGUCUUUGUAGCUAUCAUGCUGCAUAAGGCGCCAGCAGCAUUUGGUCUUGUAUCCUUCCUAAUGCAUGCCGGUCUCGAGAGAAAUCGUAUCCGCAAACAUCUCUUGGUCUUUGCCCUGGCAGCGCCAGUCCUCGCCAUGCUCACAUUUUUAGGUCUCAGUCAGAGCAGCAAAGAAGCACUGUCAGACGUCAACGCCACAGGUGUCGCCAUGCUUUUCUCUGCCGGCACAUUUCUCUACGUGGCAACGGUCCACGUUCUGCCUGAGGUGGGGGGCGGCGGUCACAGCCACGCUGCUGCAGGAGGAAACGGAGGAAAGGGACUGAGCAAGGUGGAGGUGGGAGCUCUGGUGCUGGGCUGCCUCAUUCCGCUGGUGCUGUCCAUCGGUCACCAUCAUUAGACCCAUGCACUGGAUGGAUUUAAGAUGGGUGUACAGGGGAAAGAAGCUGAAACAAAGACUUCAUUCACGGUGGAUUCAGAUGUCUUAUUGCUUGGUGUCUAUUAAUGGAUCUUGUGCAGGGACUUCUUAUGACUUGAAAAUGAACUCUAAGCAGGGAACGAGUGAAAAUCAGAGUUGCUCCAGUGACAACCAGUGCACACGAUGAUAUUUUAUCUACUGACACUGACAACAAAGUAUAAUGCAUCUACUGUAUGUAUGCAUUAAUUCCACCAGAAAUCAUUUUUUUCCAAGAUGCCAGAGGUGGAUCUUUUAGAUGAGUUCAUUUAGGUCACUGUGGAUUUUUCAGUGUUGCGUUAUACUGUAGUUCUCGUCCAAGUCAAAAAUAGCCCUGAUUUCAUUAGAGACCUUUUACUAGAUGGCAGAUGCACAGUGAGAUUUAGUCUUGAUUAAACUUGUGAUAUCUCAAAAGCAGUGAAACUCACUUUUUUAAAAAUAAUUGUAUAGAGUGUAGAUGAAUUAGCAACAAUACUGAUGGACUGGAUCUGAUUAAGUGCCAUAUUAGCAAGCCUGAAACAGAUCUCUGAGGAUGGCCCCAAAACAACACUGGCUUGUACAAGAUGUUUUCUUCUUGCCAAAGGAGGUCAUGUUUUCACAGUAGAUCAGACAGAUUAACCAGCAAGAUCCUUGUAACAGUGGCUAGUGGCUAGUGAGUUUGUGUAGCAAGUGGAGAGUCUGGCACCGCUAGAAAAAUCAGUUGUAACAAACUCUUUCUUUAUGCGACACAGUUUCCUUUAAGUCCUGCAUAACGACAAACGCAACGAGCCUCCCAUCUGAACAUCAACUGUAACUUUUCUUUAAAAUUUCUUUAGUUUAUAUUUAAACUUGGGAUAAGUCUGUGUUGUAGAGUGUUUUCAGGUGGUGGAGGGAUUUGUCUUGCUCGAGGGCAUUAAUUGGGUAAAACCUUUUUGGGCACAGGAGAACAGACCUGUUAAAGAUUGUUUGAGGAGAAUUAUGACCAACAGUUUCAUUUUAUUUGGGUUAACUCUCUAUUAAGUAAUUAUACUUAUAGCAAUAAUCACCAAAAAGUGAAUUUGAGGCCAGGUCACUUCUUUGCCAGCAGUGCAGCCAAGUCUGAAAUGUGUACAGAGGGUUUGUCUUGAUCAUAAAGGUGCUCAUUAUGUUAUUCACGCACCAAGAUCUGAAAGGUAGGGAGUCCCGAAUGCUGCUCUGCCUCAGUUACUUCUCUUGUCCAGUAUCAAUAAAAUGUAAGUAGGCUGAUUUUGGAUAUCUUCUGUAUCACUGUGCCUGCUCACAGCAGAGCUCACGUGUUUGUAUAUGUAUGUAUACUGUACAAAGCAACUUCUUCCCUCCACAAUCAUCAGGAUUUCUCGUGUGAGCUUACUCUUAAUUACAGUUUCUUUUUUUUCUAUGUUGAACUUUUGGACAUCGACAAACUCGUCUUCACAGUACCAACUCAACAAGCUACAGACUGAGUUGAGGAGUCUUUGAUUUAUGUAUAAAUUUAAGGCUUUUACACAUGACCUGUGAAUUAAUUCUAACUUGUAUGAGAAGAAGCACGCCGUGUUGUUUUAGGCUUUGUUUUUGUUUGUUUUGUUUUUGAGUGACUGUGACAGAAGGUGGGGUGGAAUUGCAUGCAGACCAGAAGCUGCAUGACUUUUGUUUUUUCUGGGAAACUGUUUGUGCGUACUAAAGGGAACUGGGAACCGUCCCCCUCCACUGUGAUGCUUGACAACUUGGCACACUAGUAGGCAGCCUCAAUAUUUUCAAAUGUCAAACGUUAAAAAUAUCCUAAUGUAUCGAGAUUACUUCAGCACAAUCUUCAGUUACUUAUAAGAGCUAAAUCCAGCAGAUAUUUGGCUCUUUUUUUUAUUUUUUAUCCUCAAGUUAAAAAUGUUUUUGAUCAUUUGUGGGGUUAAAAACUAAAAACUGUGGUUCUGCUAUUGUAGCUUGAUUGAAUUUAAUUAACAUUGCAGUCAAAACAGGGGAAAAAAAGCUUUAUAAUAGACAAAUAUCCUCUUAAAAGUUGAGAGACUGUAGAGUUGGCUGCAAGAUAUCUCUUUCUAACUUCUUAUUCAGAAUGUAGUUUGUUCACACAUGAUAAUGUGUGAUAAUAUUUCAACACGAGGCUUCAUCAUCUUUUCCUGAACAGCCAAAAUACUGGGGUUUAAUUGGCUGAAGGCACAUCCCCUUCAGAUUUGAAAUGAUCUAAAUGCAUUUCAUGAUUAAAGAUAAAGGCUCCGAUUGGGGCUGACUGGAAUCAAGGGGUGGGGAUAUCAGGCUGAUUGUUGUAUAGUUAAUUUCGGUGGAGGUCGGUGUGAAUCGGUUUUCUUUUCUUUUCCUAUCAUUCCUAAAGGAGUCUGCCUUAUUUCCAUACUUUGAUUGUAAAAAUCAGUUGUAAAGGAGCGUGUUUUAUGAUGACUAAAUUAAAGUUUUUUUAAUUGUU